UGAGCUAGAACGAGAUCACGGAACAACAGCUCACUGAGCACUGUGGGAGCUGUUGUCGUUCGAAACGGAACGGAUAGACUGAAGAACACAGGGGGAAAGAAGUGCCAGCAGCAGUGGAAAAGUAACCCCCGGCACCUCAGCGGCAUCCCUUUCGGAAAGCAGGGGCAGCUCUUUCGCCUUUUCCCUGUCUGCUGAACAAGAGCCACAAGCAACAGACGAGAAAUGAACGUGUGGUUUGCAGAUGUUGUCACGACACUUGAUGCUUUCUUAUGGCACACACUUCGAUAAAGAAAGAGUCCACCACUCAGGUUCUGUUGCAUCUGUUUUGUGGCAGGAGACCCCCCCGUCCGCCAAAAUCAGGCUAUUAGAUGUGACCACGAGGUUGAUCAGGAGAAGCCAUCAUGUCUUAAACCCAGACGGGCCCUCCGGAGCCCUGUCCCCCCACCCUGGCCCCCCUACCCCCUCUCCCAUCCACCACCUCACCCCCUCUCCCAGUCCCAUCCCCCUUCCAGACCUCCCUGCACAUGUACAGGGCAGGAUUCCCAGCUCAGGCUCCCCACUGGGACACUCCUCUCCAUCCUCUGGAGAGAUGAGCCUGCAGAAGCACCAGCCUCUGGGUGUAGGGGACGGGGUGAUGGGUUCUGACAGGGACCUGCAGUCAACUGCAUCCUCCAUCUCUUUACCUUCUGUGAAGAAGGCCCCGAAGAAGAGGCGCCUCUCCCUCGCCUCUUUAUUCAGACGGCGAGGCCGAGAACCCAAACCAGGGCGCCAAAGGUCCAGAGAACUCCACCAUCCUGGGUCUGGGGGAUUCGGAGGGGUGGAUGCAAUUGCUAGCAUCGAGAGCAUCCACUCAGAAAUGUGUAAUGAAAGGAACUCUGCUUUGUACUCCUCCGCUGGGAUCGGGGCUGCCUCUGGUGCUGCAGCCUCCAUCUCAUCCGCUUCAGGAACUUCUUCCUCGUUGUCCUCCUCGUCUUCCAGGGUGGGGGGCGGGGUAGGGGCUGAGCUCCUAGAGUGCCCGCUGUGCCUUCUACGCCACUCCAGGGAGCACUUCCCUGACAUCAUGACCUGUCCACACCGCUCCUGCAUCGAUUGCCUGCGCCAAUACCUGCGGAUCGAGAUCUCCGAAUCACGCGUCAACAUCAGCUGCCCCGAGUGCUCGGAGCGCUUCAACCCACACGACAUCCGCAUGAUCCUGGGAGACCAGUCACUUAUGGACAAAUACGAGGAGUUCAUGCUGAGGAGGUGGCUGGUGGCUGACCCUGACUGCCGCUGGUGUCCUGCACCAGACUGCGGGUAUGCAGUGAUCGCCUUUGGGUGUGCAAGCUGUCCUAAGAUCACCUGUGGCAGAGAAGGCUGCGGUACAGAGUUCUGUUACCACUGUAAGCAGCUCUGGCAUCCCAACCAGACCUGCGACGCAGCACGACAGCAGAGAGCCCAGAGCCUUCGCCUGAGGACGGUCCGCUCAUCGUCCCUCAGCUACAGUCAAGAAAGUGGAGCUGCAGCUGAUGACAUCAAGCCGUGUCCGCGCUGUGCCGCUUAUAUCAUCAAGAUGAACGACGGCAGCUGUAACCACAUGACGUGUGCUGUUUGUGGCUGUGAGUUCUGUUGGCUCUGCAUGAAGGAGAUCUCAGACCUGCACUACCUGAGUCCCUCAGGCUGUACUUUUUGGGGGAAGAAGCCAUGGAGCAGGAAGAAGAAGAUCCUUUGGCAGUUAGGAACCCUUGUGGGUGCUCCCGUUGGCAUCGCGCUCAUUGCUGGCAUCGCCAUCCCCGCUAUGAUCAUAGGCAUUCCUGUGUAUGUGGGGAGGAAGAUCCACAACCGCUACGAAGGCAAAGAUAUUUCCAACCACAAGAGGAACCUGGUAAUCGCUGGUGGAGUGACCCUCUCUGUCAUCGUGUCUCCAGUGGUGGCUGCAGUCACUGUCGGAAUUGGAGUUCCCAUCAUGCUGGCGUACGUCUAUGGUGUCGUGCCCAUCUCACUGUGCCGUAGUGGCGGCUGUGGCGUCUCAGCAGGGAACGGUAAAGGAGUUCGCAUAGAGUUUGACGACGAGAAUGAUAUGAAUGUUGGCAGUGGGGCCGCUGCCACAGAUACGACAUCUGUGGCUGACACCAGGAACAACCCCAGUAUAGGUGAAGGCAGUGUCGGGGGGCUCACGGGAAGUCUAAGUGCCAGUGGCAGCCACAUAGACCGGCUAGGGGCCAUCAGGGACAACCUGAGUGAGACAGCAUCUACCAUGGCCCUGGCCGGAGCCAGCAUCACAGGCAGCCUCUCUGGCAGCGCCAUGGUCAAUUACUUAAAUAGGCUGGAGGUGCAGGCUGAUGUGCAGAAGGAGCGCUGCAGUCUUAGCGGCGAGUCGGGCACGGUCAGUCUGGGUACAAUCAGCGACAACGCUAGCACCAAAGCAAUGGCUGGAUCCAUUCUUAACGCCUACAUACCACUCGACAGGGAUGGGAACAGUAUGGAAGUCCAGGUUGACAUUGAAUCCAAACCCGGAAAGCUUCGGCACCACAGCGGCAGCAGCAGCGUAGAUGACGGCAGCCAUGUUGGCCGCUGCGGCUGGACCUACCCCUCCAACAGUUUAACCUCCUCAGAAUGCAAGGGGACCUCGGCUAAGUGGGCCAAAGAGGCCUCCUGCUCCUCUUCCUCCAGCUCAGGGGGCAAAAAAAGCAAAGGAAAGCUACGCAAGAAAGGCGGAGGAGGCACCAAGAUAAACGAGACACGAGAGGACAUGGACGCUCAGCUGCUGGAGCAGCAGAGCACCAACUCCUCAGAGUUCGACUCUCCCUCCCUGAGCGGCAGCCUACCAUCUGUGGCUGACUCCCACUCCAGCCACUUCUCUGAGUUCAGCUGCUCUGAUCUGGAAAGCAUGAAGACAUCCUGUAGCCACGGCUCCUGUGGAGGAGAAUACCACACACGCUUCGCCAACGUCAGCCCCCUACCUGAGGUGGAGAACGAUCGUCUGGAGACCUGCCCGGCUUCCUCUUCUUCCCCACAGAGCAAAGGAGCUGUGUUCCCGCCCCAAUCCCCCACCUCCUCCCUCGGCCACGGCGCAGAGCUCUCCCCUCUCUGCUUCAUAAUGGAGGAGAAUGUCAACCUGGUGUGCCCCGCUGAGCUGGACUCUCACAGCAACACCAGAGAGCUGCUUAAAGAAACCAACAACAACCACCAACAACCACCACAACACCCAGCACAGACCCAGCAGCCCAAGAACUCCUGCAUACAGACAGACAUAUAAAAUCUCAAUACCUUAAGUGCUACACAGACGCUUUUUAAAUUUCAUUUUGUUCCUCCACUAAACAAAUUAAAGCUUACACUUUGAUCUGCAUUCUGUUCCUCCCUCACGGAGGAGAUGUGUUAGUUUAAACCUUUGAGUUCAGCAGUGUGUCCAUCGACUGUCAGAGGGCUGUCAAGUUUUAAGGAGGAUCCCAAAGUGCAGCCAUAUGAGACAUGUAAAGGUUGUGAAUGCUCGUGUUCCUUCCUGUGGGGCCCAAUGACUGCUGACACUUUAUGACAGUUCACUCACUCACCACCUCUAACAGAGACAGCUCACUGAUUCGGCUGCUGUCCCGUCGGUCUGUGUAGGUUCAUUUAAAAACCACUGUGCCAGUUAUGCUAACGUUUGAUUUUGGCUGGAAAUAGAGAUGCAACUUCACGCAGGACUUGUUAUGUUACAGCUUUCUAGAAGCGAACUCGAACAGGGACCAGACAAUGUGACUCACCAUUUCCUUUUUUAUAUCGCCCCUCAAAUUCAUUAGUAACAGAGGAACCUUUGCGUUUUCGUCUGUCUUCAUUACCAGACUUCCCCCCCUGAAUGAUUGUUGGAGAUGACCCCCUUUAAUGUAAACUACAAGUCCUGUGCUUGUAGGGGUGGUUCAGACUUCCUUCUGGUGCAGCUGUGUGCGGUCACUGUGGAUGCAGUUUGGAGUAAAACAGCCUUAAAGCCGAUGAAAACGUACAUAUCAGUUUAAAUGUUAUCAGUCCUUUUGUCAACCGUACAAGCUCCACGCUCCUGGCAUGUUGUGCACUGACUGUCACACAUAUAACAAAACCAGCUGUUUGUGGUUCACAACACUGAUGAUCAACUUCUCAGAACAUUUCCGGAUACUGCAUUCCAGCUAGACUCUCGCUGAGAUGAAAUGAUCAGGAAUGAGAGCACAGAUCUCUGCCGGUUGUCUCUCUCUGCAAAGUUUUAUUACCUUCUUUGAUGUGUUGACAUGAACAGCUGGUCUGGCGGUGCAUUGCAUUCGUGAGAGUACUAAACCAUUGUAAGGUUAAAAAACAUAGUGCCAAAGAAAAGGGCUGUCGAACAGUGAGGGUUUAAAACGUAAAGGUGCGUCUUGUUUCGCGUGGCUUUGUUCUGUUUUACUCCAAACUCAACCAACAGCUUCAACACCAGCUCUCCUACCUGUGGUAUACACUCGCUGUUACACAAGCCCACCUGAGGAGAUCUCAAACACCCCUCAUCCAGAAUCAUCUGCCUCUAAAUUCAACUCCCAACACAAGUGGGAUCUCUUUAGAUGGAUGUGCACCCAGCCUUUCAGCUGCUUUGUAUUAAAGCCUGCAGCUGAUUACUUUAGAGGCCCAGCUAUGUGGAGGCCACGGUCUUAGCGAUGAUGCUGAAAGCAGUUAUGUUAGCAUUAACCAACGGGUGGAUCAAUUCUAUGCGAUUGUAUCAAGAAAAUAUUUUUGUCCUGCUUUGAGGUGAUCCAUCCAGUCUGAUGGUCUUGCCUCCCUGAGUCAGAGAGCUCUGAUAUCUUUCUUUGUUAACUCAUGGUGCCUUCAAGAAGCUGUGUUCUCUGUUCGUCUCACCCCCUCCUCUCUCUCUCUCUGUCCUCACCACUCAACACAUAGAAAACACAUCAUAGGUUUGCAAAAUGCCUGUCUGUGGAGGAAGGAUGCUCACUGACAGGACAUACUGUGGCAGACUUGGUAAAUGAAGACUGCAAUUGCCUACCAAAGACAGCACUCGGGCUCUUGUUAAAUCUUAUACCUUUGACUUGUCACCUGUAGACAGUCUGGUUUAUCCUUUUUACACCAUGGGGAUGAAUGGAGCCAAGAAACAUGCAGACGGUGGUUAGGUUCAUGCCUCCCAAAUGCUACGCAAACACCUGUGGUUCCAGAGAGGGGUGAGACUCCUGCACUGCUACCCGUGUUUCUUCUAACCUUUCCGUUCAAUGAGGUUUUACUGAGUACGCAGGUUUUGAAUGGGUUUCUUCCCCAUCGACUUGUCUUGUGAUUCCUGUUUGUUUUGCCAAUCGGUGCUGCAGAGCAGACUUGAAGUCGACUUCUGCUUCCAACACUUCUCUCUGAAGUGUUCGCUAAAGCUUCUCUUCACUGCUCAGUGGUACGCUUUUUUUGAUGCCACUGAGUCAGCUCAGGUGAACCUCUCUACCAGGUAGGUAAAAGCAUCUUGAAUAGUAUUUUGACCCAGGUCUGUUUCUGAAUGAACACUUGGUUUGGUUCAACAGAUGAUGCUACAUGCUGCAGUCCUCCUAUUCAUUGAAGCAAAGUGUAUUUUUUAUUCCUCCUGAGUUCUCUCAUUCUUCACCAAAACUCCAGUUUCUUGAUCCUAAUUUGAACACUAGUGCCAGAUAUAAUUUGUGCAGAAUGGCAUAAGGUAUUUGUAUAUGUGUUUGGUAAUUUGCUUUAUUAUAUGCGUGUAAAUGCAUAUCAUAAAAAUAAAACUCAAACAAAAACAUG